AUGGAUACUAAUAAAGAAUUUAGAAAAAGUCUUUAUGACAUUAUUAUUAAACAAAUAUCUCGAAAUAAUGAACCUGAAAAUGCAUACAAAUGUUUUAAUACUUUAAACAAAGUUGUAGGAAAUAUAAUCGAAUCCCCACACGAUAAAACAAAACGCCAACUUAAAAAAACUAAUAAGAUAGUAAAAUCUACCAUAUGUGAAAUCGAUGGUGGUGCUGAUUUUCUCAUUAAAAUUGGCUUCAGAGUGAAAGUUAUCGAAUUUCAAAAAUUUUAUAUCCUUGAAAUUCCAAAUGAUAAGGAUUCCUCUCAGUUGAGGAAACAAUUGGAAAUUUUGGAAAUUGCUCAAGAAUUAUUAAAAGAUAUUUUACAAAAACUCAAAGAACGUAGUGAGUUAAAAGAGCGUGCAAAAUUAAUGGAAAAGAUAGCAGAAGAAUCUCGAAAAGAAAUCGCAUUGAAAAAUAUUGAAGAAGAUAGAAAAAGACGCGCAGAAGAACAAGAAAGACUCAAACGACACAGGAAAUUUCAAAUGGAGCGAGAAUUGAAAGAGAAAGAAGAGCAGCAGAAAAGGAGAGAAACCGAAGAACAAUUACAACAAUUAAUGUUAGAACGACCUUCCCUGAAACAACCUUCCCAAGAGCAGUCUUUCUAUCGUUCCUACCACCCAUCUGAUUUUAAUCAAAGAUUUGAAGAUCAAGGAGAUUAA